CUCUAGGGACGCUCUUCGGAUGAACUGUUGUGCUGCCACGUGAGCUGGCUGGGUCGCGUUGGUGUCUGCCGAACCCUCAGCAGAAGGUGUUCCAACAGGUCCACCAUGCAGCUAAAUUUCCGCCAAGUCCGCCAAGAGCUGCCGCGCUGUCCAAGCAGGAGGGCGAAGACUCCUUAUGUUACGGGCCGAUGUGUGCAUUUAAGAACUACUUACAGGGCACCAGUCGCCAGAGCGCAAGUGUCGGAGGAGAAUGCGCUAGAGCAGGCAUUUGAGAGCGCUCUGCUUGAGGCGCAGGCGAAGGGGGGGGCACGUCAGCGGCCUGCCCACGCAUACCCUGAGGAGCCCGAGGCGGAGGACGAGCGGGAGCGCGUGUUUCUGGUGGGGGCAGCGAUCAAGGGCGAGCAGAAGAAGUACACCUACGACGUGCACGAAAGUGUGGAGGAGCUGGGAAGGCUGGCAGAGACGGCGGGGCUGAAGGUGAUGGGUUCCACGUUCCAGAUGCUGGAGGCGCCCAACAUGUCCACCUACAUCGGCAGCGGCAAGGUGGCGGAGGUGGCUCGGGCGGUGGCCGCACUGGACGUGGAGACCGUGAUAUUCGAUGACGAAUUGUCGCCGGGUCAGUUGCGCAACCUGGAGCGGGCGCUGGGCGGCACGGGGCCGGACGGGCUGCCGGUGGAUGUGCGGGUGUGCGACCGCACCGCCCUCAUUCUGGACAUCUUCUCACAGCGCGCGCAGACGCGGGAGGGCCAGUUGCAGGUUGAGCUGGCCCAGACGGAGUACCAGCUGCCCCGCCUGACCAAGAUGUGGUCGCAUCUGGACCGCGUGGGCGGCGGCGGGCAGGUCAAGGGUACGGGUGAGAAGCAGAUCGAGAUCGACAAGCGACUGCUGAGGGACAAGGCGGCGCAGCUGCGGCGGGAGCUGGAGGCGGUUCGCACGCACCGGCGGCAGUACCGGGAGAAGCGCUCAUCCACUCCCAUCCCCGUGGUUGGCAUCUGCGGCUACACAAACGCUGGCAAGAGCACGCUGCUCAACACCAUCACGGGUGCGGGGGUGUUGGCAGAGGACCAGCUGUUCGCCACACUCGACCCCACCACACGCCGAGUGAGGCUCAAGGGCAACAAGGAGAUCCUGCUGUCGGACACGGUGGGUUUCAUCCAGAAGUUGCCCACGGAGCUGGUGGCGGCGUUCAGGGCCACUCUGGAGGAGAUCCAGGACGCCUCCAUCAUCCUGCAUGUGGUGGACAUAUCGCACCCCAACGCCGCCGCGCAGAACGAGGCAGUCAUGCAGGUCCUGACGGAGUUAGGGGUGGACCACAUCCCCAUCGUCACCGCCUGGAACAAGAUUGACGCCUGCAGCAACCCAGAUGAGGUGCGGCGCAUCGCGGCCAAGCGCACCCGCACGGUGUGCAUCAGCGGCAUGACGGGCGAGGGGCUUGAGCAGCUGAUGGAGGUGCUGGGCGGGGAGCUGGAGAAGGCCAUGGUGGAGGUGCACGCGCUGCUGCCGUACUCUGCGGGGGACCUGCUGAACGACCUGCACACGGGCGGCCGCGUCAAGAACCAGGAGUACAAGGAGGACGGCGUGGAGGUGACAGCGGCGGCGCCCAAGUCGCUGGCGGGGCGGCUGCACAGCCUGGGCUACCUGCUGAACGAGCUGGAGGGCGAGGAGGAUGAGGAUGAGGAUGAGGACGACGGGGUGGUGCUGCUCGCGUGAGGGCUGUGGGGCCGCGAGCCGUCUUGAUCGUGCACCGGCUGCGCUUGGGGCGUGGCAGUGGACAAGGGCUGGGGCUGGUUGCGGCCAAUGCAUUCAGGUCCGCUUGUAUUGCGGCUUCAUGCUCGGGCCGGGUACUGCUUUCGGGGACCUGGGGCGGGAGGUUACGUGACUGGCACUGGUCAAGCUGUAGCGUGUCGACCUGGCAAGCGGUGGGAGGAUGGCGAGUGAGCAGUCGGUGUUUGGUGGAGGAGGAGGAGUGGAGGACCCGUGGUGGCGCUCGGUGAACUGUAAUUGGUCUGGCGACCGCGGUGCAGCUCAUUAUGAUGAGGGAGGAAUUAUAAAUUGGGCUGCUCUGCGACCGGCAACGGCGCUGACGGCAGUUGCCGUGUCUGAAGGGCUGAAGGCCAUGGAACAGGGCAAGGGCAGGGUGGCGUAUCCGCAGACCCAGAUAGUAACGUUCGUGUCUGGAGGAGUACGGUGUAUACCGAAACGUAUGUGCAACAGUGCCGUUAUGCGCCCGUGCAUGCAGCUGGCCCGGAUCACUGCCAGGCGUGCGCACGAUGUGGUGUCAGGAGUGCAGUUCAAGCGACCAGAGACGCAUAACCAAUUGCUGCGAAUCCCUUGGAACAGUGUG